UUGGCAUGCUAACAACUGUAUUAGAUAAUUAGUGUAUUAGCAUGCUAACAAGUGUAUUAGAGAACUAGUGUAUUAGCAUGCUAACAGCUGUAUUAACUAUUGUAGUGACAUGAUAACAACUGUAUUAGCUAACUAGUGUAUUAGCAUGGUAGCAAGUGUAUUAGCUAACUGGUGUAUUAGCAUGCUAGCAAAUUUAUUAGCUAACUGGUGUAUUAGCAUGCUAGCAAAUGUAUUAGCUAACUGGUGUAUUAGCAUGCUAACUAUCAAAUUAGCAGAAAACAAAGUACAGUCGAGGGCCGAGGCAAAUGGAAAUGUCAUUGAUUAUACUGGUACUUGGUCUUAGAGCAGGAUAUAGACUAAUAAAAAGUUUGACCCGACGAUGGCGCUGAAGGAAAGGUUAUGUAAUCAUGAAGUAAAGUUACCUGAGAGUCCAUGACAGGUCAGAAACCUGCAGGGCCACACUGCUGUCCUGGUUGAGGAGACAUACACUUACAGGUAAGAGGGUCCCAGGCUGACAACCACAUGAUAAGCAUGAUUUUAAACAGAUGGUCGUUAUAAAUAUAUUCAUAACAUUAUUUAGCUUCUUUGUUUGGGUGUUUCAUUCUGAAAUGCAAUAUAGGCUACUUUACAUUUUAAAAAUGUUGAUAAAUAGGCUAACUCCAUCAUUAAAUGCUUCAUUUAUUCAAGAUAAUGUCCUCUGAUACCAUUGGGACAACUUAAUAAUGUUUAAAUUAGUAAUCUGUCAUUUGCCAAGAGUCAUGUAUCUUACAUGUAGGCCUAACAUUACUGUCAAACACAAAGUUCAACUGAGAGAGAUGGGAGGGCAGGUGGGCAGGUGUAAUAUUUGAUCAGAAACCAAAAUGAAAGAGUUUUGACCUGAUGAUGGUGCUAAAGAAAGAGCCACCUAAGUAAUAACAAUUCAUCCUUUGUGGGUCUCAAAUGUGCAUAUUAAAGGUCUAGUGAGUACAAUAGGGGCAUCUAGUAUUCAUAACUGUCUUUUUAUUAGUUUAUAAUAACCCCAAAAUAAUCAUUGUUGUGUUUUCAUUACCUUAGGAUGAGUUGAUUAGUCCAUAUCUACAUAUGGAGCGGGUCCUCUCCAUGCCCCCAGGAACAGCGCCAGGUUUAAAGUCAAUGUUACGUAGUAGCCUAAUGUGGAAUUUCAACUUACGGGUCUGUAAUGGAUGCUAUUGGCCCCAAAAAGACUUCUUCCCAUGAACUUACAUUGUGAAAAAAUGUCUGUAAAUCAUUUGAAUUUGAUGAAAACCAUACAGAAGACAUAGAAGUGGUAAAAUACAACCAUCAAAAUUGUCAGUACAUUUUUAAUACUAGAAUUGAGAAAAAAAAAUCACCAUAUAAGUAUUCAGUAAAAUUUAAAUCUGAAGUGGUAUGCCAACGGCAUGAACAACAGUUUCAUUGAUAAAUCAUUUUGUAAAUCAAAUGAUUUUGACAGCAGAGCAUUUCUAAGUCUCUUUUUGUACAAAGACAGUGACACAGAUGAAUCCAGUGAAUUAACAUUUUCAUUCCAUAAAACAGCUCCACGUUAUUUGAAAGAAAACCGACCACGAGAUGUUUUAUACAAAGGAAGAUGUCUAGUUGUGUAUUCGAUCCAUUCAGUCCAACAACAUGUCUAACGUCUAGAAAAGCUGCACAAUUGAACCAUUUUAUCCCUAUUCCCUAUUGGGGCAGCAGCUCUUUCCAUAGGGACUUGGCUUGGGAACCAAAGGGCUGCCUGCUCAAGUCCCCAUACAAACCCAGUAUGGAGGACUGGUAGCUGGAGAGGCGCUAGCUCACUGCCAAGGAGCCCCCAAGCAAGGCACCAAACCCCAACUGCCUGGGGCACCCGCCCACGACAGCCCCCCACCCAGUGCAUGCAUAGGUCCUGUUUGUGCAUGUGUGUAUUUCAGGCUGUGUGUAUAUGAAAACAGAGUGGGGGCAAAAAAUUGAAUUUCCCCUCAGGGAUUAAUAAAGUCUAUCUAAAUCUAGAGGGCUAAACCGGAGGGCUAAACCGGAAGAUACCGAAACUGGCAGUUUCUAGAGCGCUUGCUCUAUGGGAAUGCGGAAUGAAUGGGUAAUUGUACACACAGGAAGUCAAACUUUUUUGGCUUCAUGUUCCUUUCAUGCCAACUCCAUGGCAACUUUCAUAGGAAUGAACAGGGCCCUGCCUCCAGUGCUGCGUCUAGUUCUCUUUAUACAUCCAUGGUCUUCUCCCAUAGAAUCUGCCAUGUUGUUCUACAGUAGCCCAACAGAUAGUUGCAUAGUUCUCCUACAUGCUCUUUAGUUUCAGUACUGCAACCUCACAACUAGAUGACAUAAAUCCUACACACUAGACCAGUGGUUCCCAACCGGUGGGUCAAGGUCCAAAAGUGGGUCGCUGGUUCAUUCUGAAUGGACCACAAAUGACUCCUAAAGGUGUCAGGUUCAUAAAGAAGACACUUUAUUUUGAAGUACGGUGAAUUUCUGGCACAUAUCUUUUAUUUUGAAGUAGCUAGCUCGACGACCUGGUCAAACACAAGUAUGACACUAAAUAUAAUAAACUGUGUGGACCUUGAACUAAUGACUAACGCAAUUUAAUGGCAGUAGUUGAGACAUCACAAAUAAAAACUUCACGGUGACACUAGAGGAAAAGUCACAGGAUCACAAAAGUCAUUGGGAUUCAUCCUCUGGGGAACAUGAAUAUCUGUACACAAUUUCAUGUCAAUCCAACCAACAGAUCUUAAAAUAUUUCAGUAUGGAGCAAAGUACUGACGUGACAAAACCCAUUUAACUUCACAGUAAACAUUGCUUCCUGCUGACAGUCAGGUGAAGAUGAUAAUUCUUUUUUAUCCAAACUGUUGGAGUUGCUGACCAUUGAACUUUGCUUUGAGGCAUCCUGUCUGUUAGUAGGCAGUCCACCUGUAUUACGUGUCACUCAGGUCUGAUGCACUGCUUUCAUUCUUAGUAAAUGUUUAAUUUUGAGUUCACACCUCCCUGUCUUCCUCCCACCCAUUUCUCUCUCUGUCUCUCUUUCUCUGUCUCUCUGCUUGCCUGCCCGAGCAAUAGAGCAAAGAAAACAAACCUGUUUGGCUGGCUGCAACCAGGAAACCAAUCAAAGGGUGCACCAAGAAGAGAGAGAGAGAGGGUGACGUCAAGAAAGAGAGACGAAGAAGAAGCAGCUGUGUUUCAGCCAAUGACAGAGGACAUGUUUCCACUGUGCUGUGAGUAGAUGUCUCUGCUCUGUUGACCCUGACAGUGUGUGACUGCUGUGCUGCUCAGAUGUGCGCAUGAAUAUUGAUCUGACAGAGGAUUGAGAGGCAACAAACGGACCGGAGUGGCUGUUUUGGGAGGAAAUACAUAGCUUUGAGUGCAUUUUUGGAGAUGCCUUAUUUGUACAUGCUAUACACUGUUGGAAAAUGUAGUGCUGUUGGAUUAUUGUUAUAUGGCUCAAGGGUAGAAACUGUUUGAGGAGGCUGAGAUGUGUGCUUUUCUACUGAAGUUUGGAACUCACAGAAGUCAUUGUAAGGACAAUAAAAGUCAGCUUAAACACUCAAAAACUUGAGCCAGUAUGAAUAGCUGCUCCUAUUUUCGCUCCUAGAAAUUCACUUAUACAGACGAGAGCUUUCACACCUUUUAGAAACUGUAGGACUACCGUUAUUUAUCGUCACGCCCCCUCGCAUGCAGACAGACUGACAUUUAAGGUCACUUUUGAUUCACAUCACUUCACAACAGCUGAAUGAUGGCGGAAGCAGGUUCAGGAGCCUCCCUGAGCCCGAAGUCGAGCUCCCAGCCCCCUACAAGUGGAGACCGGCGGUUGGUGGACAGGGCCCUCAAGAGACUGGAAAAGCUCCACGAGCUGUGCACUAACCCCCGGCUGGGCCUGAGGAACAGUCCGCCAUACCUGCCGGAGCUGGUAUCUGAGACGACAACACUGUUAACGAAGGUUUGGGAGCCCUACCGAGGCCCCAGGGCAGGCAGCCAGGUGCCACGAGGAGAUGAGGCCAAGUACCUGAGGGUACAUGUCAGAAACCUGCUGGAUAAGACAGAGAGGGCCGUACUGCUAUUUAAAGAGGGACGGGAGAAGAUAUUCGAGGAGACAUCCAGUUACAGGAGGAACUUGACCAAGCUGUCCCUGCUGUUCAGUCACAUGCUGUGGGAGCUAAAGGCCAUGUUUCCAGGGGGUGGUUUUCAGGGCGACACCUACAGGGUGACGAAGACAGAGGCUGAGGAGUUUUGGAUGCGAUCAUUUGGAAACAAGUGUAUAGUGCAGUGGAACACUUUCAAAGAGCAGCUGCGGAGUGUACAUGCAUUCGAGGAGGGGAUGGAGUCCAUGGCUCUGAAGUCAACUAUAGAUCUCACCUGUAACGACCACAUCUCUGUAUUCGAGUUUGACAUCUUCACCAGGCUCUUUCAGCCGUGGAGGUCAAUCAUAAGGAACUGGAACCAGCUCGCCGUGACUCAUCCAGGCUACAUGGCCUUCCUCACCUACGACCAGGUUAUAGCUCGUCUUGAACACUACCUGCACAGACCCGGGAGCUAUAUCUUUCGUCUGAGCUGCACACGAAUGGGCCAAUGGGCUAUCGGCCACGUCACCAGUGAAGGUGGCAUCGUCCAGACCAUCCCCCAGAAUACACCUCUCUACCAGGCGCUCAUUCAGGGCUUCAAGGAAGGCUGCUACCUGCAUCCAGAUGGCCGCGAUGUGAACCCUGACCUGACGAGCCUGUGUGAACCGACCCAGAGGGGCAAAGUCAAAGUAACAGAAGAGCAGUACGAGCUUUACUGUGACAUCGGCAGCACCUUCCAACUGUGUAAGAUCUGUGCAGAGAGGGAUAAGGACACACGUAUCCAGCCCUGUGGCCAUCUCCUGUGCCAACCCUGCCUCACGGGCUGGCAGCAGAAGUCGGCUGGCCACACCUGCCCAUACUGUCGCUGCGACAUCAGAGGGACAGAGUCCAUCCUUGUCGAGCCCUACCUGCCAGGCAGCGGUCACUGGGAGGAGGAGGGCGAGGAGGACACAGAGGAGGCGGACCAUGAAGACAUUGAGCUGAUGGUAAAGGAAAUGGCUGCCCUGAGAAAGAUCUCCAGUUUGGAUUACAAGGUUCGCACCUCCCACCUGAGCGCUCCACCUCUGCCCCCCAAGCACAGCACAACCCCACGCUGUCCAUCUCCCUCUGACCAACCCCAGACAUCCGAAACCAAGACACUGGACAAACACUCCCACUCCCACUCACAGGCCCACAGCAGCGGUGAAGCACGUAGAAGACACAGAAAACAGACAAACAUGAAAAGCAGCGCUGAUUUCCGCACAGAAGCAAAAUUUUCCUCUUCCUCUCAGAAGGAUGUCAACAGUGGAGUAGCGUGGCUCUGACAUGAAUAGAGGGACGAACAGAGAGCGGUGCUCAGAGGAGACAAGCAUGACCUGGGAGAGGUGACUGCAUCCUGACAGAGAAGCCAUCUCUGCAAAAUAAAGACUCUUUUAAUAGAGGGAGAAAUACUCAGCGACUAAAAUAUCCUCAUUCCAGAAAUCAGCUCUCAUUGAAUGUAAAAAUAGUCUCUGGAGUCAUGUUUAGCUGUAAAUGACCGGCGUGUCAGCUGCACUGCUGAAGCUGUGAUGUGUGUGGGCGGGGACUGACAGGAAAAUUGCUUACUGAGGCCUCCUACUGUUCAAUAAUCACACUGCCAUUAUCUCUGCAGUAGGUUCAGUACUGAUUCUUUAUAAUUAAAGUGUUUCCGGAGCCUCCUUGAGAUUAUUUAAUGAAAGGCUUGAUGAACAAGUGAAGGGGGCAACAGCUUAUUUAGGGUGAAUAUAUGAAACAAUAUAAAUAUGCUACCUCGUCAUUUAACUCAUAACAUAUGUCUGCUCUCAUAAAUAAGUUUUGUAAGUGAAUAAAGGCCUCUGUGUAAUUACAUUUUAUUGAAAUUAAAUAAACCUUUAA